AUGACAAAGUCUUUGUACUCUUCAUUGUUCUUUCUCUCCUUUGUAGUAGCACUAUUUGGAAUUCUUCCAAAUGUGAAGGGAAACAUACUUGAUGACAUUUGUCCCGGAAGCUUCUUUCCUCCACUUUGUUUUCAGAUGCUUCGAAAUGACCCCUCUGUCUCUAAAGGAGAUAUUCAUGGUCUUCUCUCUACUGUUCUUCAUAUAGCUCAAGAUAAUACCACAUCUACCUAUAAGUUGGUUAAAUCAAUUCUUAAACNAGAUCCUAAUGUGAAAGCCCAAAUGACCAAUUGCUUGAGAAAUUACAAUGAUGCCAUUGAUUAUCUUAAUCGUUCCAAUGAUUUCUAUAAGUCUGCUGAUUAUAUAAACACAAGCUU